UGGCAUGCCAAGGAGAACUAACAACGACCAGGAGAUAUUUCACCGCCAUUUAAACACUAUCAUGAAUAGUCCACGUCCUGGUAUUUGGCAUUUUACCAAAACAUUAGUCAAAAUUGAACAAGAAUAUGGCACAAGAUAUGAAAGGAUGCAAAGCAGACCAGCUCUAAGAGCCCGGCGUCGAGCUUAUGUUCAAAUCGAUAAAAAAAUCAGCGAAGCCACUGAACGGUUGGCCCAGGGCAGGAUUUCUGUUAAAGAAUUUCUCCUCUACACUGGGCAUUUGGCUUAUGAUGCAGAACGAAGGCGUGGAGUGGGGAACGUAGGAAUUGUUCCACCCCAAAUCGUGGAAACUAUUGAAGAACAAAUUCCUACUGUAAAUGUGGAAGACAACGUUGUUGGAGGUUUUGAUAGACAAAAUGAAUUAAGAGAAUUGAUUUUACAACAACAAAAUCGCAUAAGGGAGAUGGCAGAAGAACAGGAUAAUGCAUUAAAUAUUUUUAACGAUGAACCUGAUUUUGUAUUAGCAGAGGAUGAUGAUCCGGUGUUCAUUGCUAUGGCGGAAAUUGAGGAACAGAGGAGGGCUCAAGACAGGGAAAACAUCCCUCAUGUUCCUCUCGAUAUCAAUGGAGUUGAACCAAGACCCGCCGAUUGCUGCGUUAUUUGUUUAAGCAAUGUCAACAGCCACGCAUGCAUUCCUUGUGGACACAAAUGCUUGUGUAGAGAUUGCUUGGGCAAUUUAAUCCACAACCGUUGCCCUAUUUGUAACAUCGAAACCACAUUAAUCGUACAAAUAUUUUAAAGUAUUGAUUUUUCCAGGUUCAGAGAAUUCCAUGAUGAUUAAAUAGAUUUGUUUUUCAUUAAUUUUAUUUUUUGUCAUUAUUUUU